GCUGCCGAGGGGCCGCCCCACCUGUUCGUGAUGCGGCCCUGAGUCCGGAUCGUCGCUGCCAUGGCAGGAAGAAAGGCCCUGAUUGUGUUGGCACAUGAGGAGAAGACCUCCUUCAAUCAUGCCAUGAAAGAUGCUGCUGUGGACGCGCUGCAGAAGGGAGGCUGGAGUGUCACCGUUUCUGACCUAUACAAGAUGAAGUUUAACCCUGUGCCAUCACGGGAUGACAUCACUGGUAAGCCAAAAGACCCCAACAACUUCAAGUAUGGCCCGGAGACAGCCUCAGCAUGGGCAGAAGGUCGACUGAGCAGCGACAUCGUAGCAGAACAGAAGAAGCUCGAAGCUGCAGACCUUCUGAUAUUCCAGUUCCCCCUCUACUGGUUCAGCGUGCCUGCCAUCCUGAAGGGCUGGUUUGAACGUGUUUUCACACAAGGAUUUGCCUACUCCCUUAGCAAGAUGUAUGGCAGUGGGCCCUUUCAGAAAAAGAAGGCUGUGCUCUCCUUCACCACGGGCGGGACUGGCCCCAUGUACACCCCCACGGGCACCAACGGAGACGUCAACAUCCUCCUCUGGCCACUGCAGAAUGGCGUGCUCCAUUUCUGUGGCUUCCAAGUCUUGGAGCCCCAAAUUGCCUACAGCAUUAGUCACGCUCCUGAGGAUGCCCGUUUGCAGAUCCUGGAGGACUGGAAGAAGCGACUGGCAGCUAUCUGGGAAGAGAAACCCAUCAGUUUUGUUCCAGACAGCAACUUCGAUUUGAGCUACGUGGGGGGCUUUGUGCUGAAACAGGAGGUGCAGGACCGCCAGAAAGCUCAGAAAUAUGGGCUGAGUGUGGGGCAGCACCUGGGGAAGGCCAUCCCACCUGACAGCCAGGUCAAAGCCCAGAAGAAAUAGCUUCCUCCGGUGGGCUCCUAUCUGGUCUCUCACUGUGUGGCUCUGCCAUGGUGGCAGGUCUCUUGGCUUUACCCUACUUUCAAAUGCCUUUCUGCUCUUUUGUAGGGUGAGGAGAGCAUUUCUUCUCUUCCCACCUCUUCCUCACGGGGGGCUGGUGCCUCUUGCUGGCUACUCCUACCUCCCACUGACUCAGGGAGGAGUCAGAGCCAUACCUCCUCCAGUCAGGUACCAAUAAUUAACCUACUGGGUUCCAACAGCAUCUGAGUGGGAUGAGUUGGGAAUCUUGCCUCCCUAUUAUUACGUGGUGCUUGCUGUUCACCACCCUGGUGGCCUUGGUAUCAUACAGUCUAAGCUCUGUUCAUGUACAACACAAGGAUUCUAAAUAAAGACAUUUCCUAUU